AUGGAGGACAGUGGACGGCGAGAAAAUUCCGGUGACUGGGCCGCUGCAUACCAAGUGUUUAGUUGGAUUCAGGAGAGAAGAGUGGUCUCCAUCGAGGAAUUGCUGCUGUCAGAUGGCGAGCCUUUGAUCAACACGACCGACCUCGCCUAUUUUGAUAUAUUUUCAUUAUCAUUGGAGCCCGAUCGUGAAAACCCAAGAAGUAUGGCUUGCUGGCUGCCCGACCAAAGUGAACACGAAAUGCAGCAUCUUCUUGGCAACAUAGACAAGACUCUAUCGGAAAAGAGGCGUCGGUUCUAA